UUUAAGAUAUUCAUAAUGACGCAGAACUUAGCAUUUUAUGUCCAGGUUAAAGCGUGGUUAUUGAUUUUAUGCGUAGAAUGGAACGUUAUUUCGGUCAAAAGAAGCGAUGGCGCACUCUGACGGUACUUUUUGACAUGUUCAGGUUUUGUGACAUAUGCACGCACACAUUCAUGGCUGUGAUUGUAUUGCUUGUACUUCAUAAAUAUUUUUCGCCUACGACAGCCAUGCAGGAGACAUCCUGUGCUAGAUUUUUAACUAAAUAAGUAGUUAUAAAAAAAUACAAAUUAUGGAGCAGGCUAAAUCUAGUUCACCUAAACUUUUUAUGUGCACCGCUAUAGAAAACAAGGAUGAAAUUGAAGAGAGAUACGAGAGAGCCUACAACUUCUUCCAAUCCCUCGUAGCGGACUGCAGUGAAAAGGAAACACAUGAUGCACUGAACAAUGCGGUUUGCAAAAAUCAUGAAGAAGUGUCCCUUGGGAUGCUGAUGUCCAUAUUGACGGAGCCCCACAACGCUACGAAGUGCUAUCGAGAUCUAACGCUAGUGACCCGCGACGGACUCACGUGUGUGCUCAACAAUCUGUCUAAUUUGAUUCUGGAAAGGUAUUUAAAGUUUCAAGAUACUACUCGAAAUCAAUUACUAUGGUUGGUGAAAGAAAUGAUACGGAAUUCCGUUACUGGAAUAGAUAGCGUUUGCUGGAACAUAAUGCGAUAUGCAUCAGGGGGUGAUAUUACCCCAAAGAACAUAUUCUUAGUAGAAUCUAUAUUGGAUAUUUACAUUGAGAAUAGAGCGUGGCUAGACAAAUUUCCUGUACUUAUUUGUAUGGUGGUGUACACAUAUUUACGAUUAAUAGAAGACCACAAUAUUCCACAACUCAUGGUCUUGAGGCAGAAAGAAGUGAACUUUGUAAUUUCUCUAAUAAGAGAAAGAUUUGCUGAUGUUUUGACGUUGGGACGAGAUAUGAUCCGAUUGCUGCAGAAUGUGGCUCGCAUUCCAGAAUUUAAUCAACUAUGGCAGGACAUACUAACAAAUCCAAAAUCUCUGUGUCCCACUUUUACUCAUGUCUUACAAAUUCUACAAACAAGGACCUCCAGAAGGUAUCUACAGUCCAGGUUAACACCGGACAUGGAAAGGAAAUUAGUAUUUCUUACAUCUCAAGUAAGAUUUGGUCAUCAUAAGAGGUAUCAGGAGUGGUUUCAAAGACAGUACCUGGCUACGCCAGAAUCACAAUCAUUACGGAGUGACAUGAUACGAUUCAUUGUUGGUGUGAUACAUCCUACAAAUGAACUUCUUUGCUCAGACAUCAUUCCGAGAUGGGCUGUAAUUGGAUGGCUACUAACAACCUGCACGUCUAAUGUUGCUGCUUCCAAUGCCAAAUUAGCUCUAUUCUAUGAUUGGUUAUUUUAUGAUCCAGAAAAGGACAAUAUCAUGAACAUAGAACCUGCAAUAUUAGUAAUGCACCACUCUAUGAGAUCACACCCAGCCGUCACUGCCACUUUAUUAGACUUUUUAUGUCGAAUAAUCCCUAACUUCUAUCCGCCUUUUGCUGACAAAGUUAAGCAAGGAAUAUAUAGUUCCCUUCAGCAGAUCAUAGAAAAGAGAGUGCUGCCUAAUCUUCAACCAUUGUUUGAUUCUCCUAAAUUAGAUAGAGAAUUGCGAACAACAGUGAGAGAGACUUUUAAAGAGUUCUGCAGCAAUGGUAACGGGGAAGGUGCCUCCGGGGUCCUGGCGGAGAGUAACGAGGAGAUGCCUAGAGGUCCGGAUGAGCCUGCAUUCUCAGAUGACGAAGAAGACCCAUUGCCAAUUAUAGCUGAGGACACAGAUGACGACGACUUACCUUUGUCUGAAGUACGUGCGCGCGAAAGACCUGAAUUAGCUGCUGCUUUGCCUUUGACGCUGCGGCCUUUAGCGGAGACUCUUCUAGACGACCGCUCCGCCGCCGCCGCGACCGCUCUGCUCAACGCUUGCAGCACAUCAAUGCCAACAGCUACAGCUCUAGCUGAUCUAUUCACAGCUGCAAGCCAGGAGGCGCCACCGAUAAAAAUCAGCGCAGACCCUACUCCAGCCGAACUAGAAGUACAAGUUACCACGCCUAUUUUCGCCAUGUUCAACUUCCUUUCCAAAGGCAGCGAGGGAGGCGAGACUAAACGCAAACUAAUACUUGAGACAUUCAAAGAGAUUCGGGCUCAGAACGCAUUUCACGGAGUUGGAUACAGUCUUUUGUUUUACUUAAAGGUAUGCUUCGAGCGCGACCGGCGCGCCGAACAGGACCUCGGGAAAAGGAGAAACGUGAAGUUCAAGUCAGAAAUUUACCGAGAUUAUUGUAGUUAUUUGGAGCUUAAGAUUGGCGAUAGUUUGGCUGAUGAUUUUGAGAAAUGUCAAGAAUGCGACGCUAACGCUCUUGUGUGGUUGAUACCAGACGUGUACAGAGAAUUUAAAGAUCAGGCUCAAAACCACAUUAAGUUAUUGCAUGUGAUAGUUUCCACUUUAGACGCUGGGCAAUUACAGCGCCUUGUAUGUUUAACGUUGCAGAACAAUUUGAUGAUGUUUAAGUCAGAUGACAUCACGAUGAUGCUAUCGACAAGUUUGGGGUGGGAGACAUUUGAACAGUAUUGUCUAUGGCAACUUUUGACUGCUCACGACAUCUCCCUUGAAGAUGUUUUGCCAAUAAUUCCGGAGUUGUCUUACAAGGAUCAUGCGGAAGCAUUGACAUCCGUUUUACUAAUGUUAAAGCAAGGAAAGCCGAGCGCAGAUGUGCUGAGACAGCUAUUCUGUAGGGAGGUGCAACAGGAAGACACGUUUGUUGUGUCAACACUGUUGUAUUGGUGUCAAGAUUACGAAGACAAGGUUGGGGAUUUGGUAGCGGUGUUGUUGAGUACGCGAUAUCCAGGAACAAGCCCCAACAAGAGAAAACGGCCCGGGAAACACAGCAUUCCGCCGAAUGCCCCUCCUUCUGCUGAACUGGUGCUUGGACAUCUAGAGCAGAUGAGAGUGAACUGCGUUGAACAAGAUGAUAUGUCAAUUUUUAAUAUGGAAUGUAUGCAGAAAUCACUGCAGUUAGCUCAGUCGAAUAGUAGUGAUAGUUUAAGGAGACAGUACAGUGAUUUAUUUCUACUGGCAUGGGAAGACGAGUUGCCAAUCUCCAGACGCGCUAGGAAGCUAGUCUCCAAUUCACUGCCACUAGCACUAAGCACUAGCUUGCAUUCUUCCAAUGAUGAUAGUGAGGAAGAAGAGAUAGUGAAACCCAAACAGGCAAAACGACGGAAGAAGGCUAUCUCCGACAGCGAUUGACAUAUCUGGCGUAAAAUGGUAACUUAAAACACCAAAGUGCAACUCAACAAUACAAUAAAUAUUAUGUGUAAUAAAUAUACAGGAUUACGUUCGUUACCUUAUGUUAUCAUCCGGGUACAGUUCUAAGAAUUGUUACCUUUAGUUUUUUAUUAGUUUUGCCUUAAGUAAUUGUACAUUAAAUCCACACUUAAUAUACUCAUGGUUGUUGGAGUUCUUAAUGCUGUUGUUAGGCCGGUUUUCGUUUUCAAACAUUUGCCAAAAGCGUAUUUCUCCUCCUUUAAAAUGCAGGUUCCUCCGCCAUCUUAACUAGCAUUAUGAUAAAUCUGUUUCUAUAUCCGAGAUACUAAAAUGAUAAUGAAGACUAGACUAUAGUAGUCUGACAGAGUUCAAAUAAGACCACACGUGUAUUGUGCAGUUGGGGUAUAUUUAUGGAGACGGAGCCCCAUUUGGCGACGCCCAUGCCGUUUAGUAGUCCCCUGCACCAAUUGAAUCUCAUUGAAAAAGCCGUGAAAGUACAAAUUUUCAAAAACAUUUAACACUAAUUAUCCAAGUUUUCUGAUACCUGUUUAGGGUUCCGUACUUCAAAAGGAAAAAACAGAACAAAGUGACAACCAAAACUCAUUAAUUACUACCUACCACAACUACCACAAGUUCAGAGCCAUCGUGAACAUUAGGUACUAUUACGCAUCACUAUGCCGACCUACUCGCAACACCGUAUUUUCCAGCCGCAACCGCAUAUAUGUGACGUUCCACGGCAAAAGGUACCUUAUGGUGGCUGGCGCUUUCGUCGCAUAGCGUCGCAAUAACAUUGGAGCGGUGUUAAUAAUAGCAUAAGCGCCAACCGCCAUAAGGUACCUUUACCCGUCGGACGUCACAUAUGAACGUACCUAAAGACAAAAUUCCGAAGCAUGUUUGAGAAAUAAGUAGUUAAAACGUGAGUCAAGGCAACGCAUUUUGAGUACCUGAGCCAUGAGUUGAAGAGGCAAUAUGAAGUAAAGUGGAGCACGCUUUUGAGAAGACUAAUCACUGAGGGCCUACCGCGAACACCGAAGUUCGCAAUCUUUCUCUGUCACUCUAAUUACGCCUUAAUUGGAGUAAAAGAGAGAAAUAUACCCUAACUUCGGUGUUCGCGAUAGGCAUCCUGCUUUUGACGUGAACAACUUCGUUCCACAAUUGUGCCGUCUAGCAUAUAUACGUGCAUUCGAAAACCAUUCAAUUGUAGACCUUGCGUUCAUGCAGCAAGGUUCACUUUCCGUUUUCGGUUGCACGUACAGGUUAAUGCUUAGUGGCACUAUUUCGCUGCUUUUGUGUUCACAGUUCGCCAAAAGUUCAAUAUUGAUAUUUUUAAAUUAUUCCCGAUGAAUUAAAAAAACAUGAAGUUAUAGGUAUAAGUAAUAAAUUUAUAACGAUGCCUGAACUUUGCCCCGUCUUUUACUUAAUUUGACUUUAGGAAAUCUUAUUGCGUGUAUCAUAUCGCUAUACCUUUGUAAUAUCUAACUUACUUAUAGGGAGCGUGCAUGAACUAGGGGGUAAAUGUGCAGUAAACUGUAAACUGCACAUUUACGCAUAAAUGCUUCCGAUGUAACCCACAAGAUGGCAGAACCUACUAUGCACAAGAAAACGUAUGAGAACGGUAGAUGGUAGCACUUGCUUUGGCAAUGUACUUGUUUCUGUUUCCGAUUCAGGCCACAAGAUGGCAGACCCUUUGCUUUGUGGUCAAAAGUUUAAUAACCUCAAUAAGUGCUGAUUAAUGUGGGUACAGGCGCCCAACCAGAAUAUAGUUUAACAAAGCAAGGUACUUCAAAUUUAAAAGACGCUUGGAAGCAGGUUUCUUAAUGCAAAAGGUUACGAAUAUACUCAACGUUUAUUAGGCCGACUGUACCUAUUAAAUAUUGAACUAAAGGCCAGAACACACCGGGUGCGGAUCUAUAUAUAUUGUAGUAUACAGAUACGUAUAAGAGACGGCACACCGCUUGCGUGACUUGUGCGUGCAUAAUUUUUGCGCACGCGCACGUUCUACGCACACAGCCGCAGCCGGUGUGAACACUGAACAGGCAUUUAGGCUGAAUGUAAACACAAAAGCAUAAAAACAUUUGUAUUGUAAAUUCUAGCACAUCCGAGUAGUCAUUAUGUGUAAAGUUAAAUAUUGUUGUACAGAUUUUCUAUUCCCGUAUUAGUGUUGGAGUUAUUUUAAGUGUAAGGGUAUGAGACCAAGAAUUUUAUUCAAAGGAUAUAUUGUAUUAUCGCAAUUUUCGAAUUACAUUUUACACUAGGAUCAAUAAAGUAUUUCCCCUCAA